AUGGGUGUUCCUGUAAAAGAAGAAGCAGAAAAAAUGGACAAGUUCAAAAGAGAAUGCAAGCUGGAAGUCAGCCAGAAGGCAGAGCAGAUUUCAGCUCUUAUCACCCAGAGUGAUGAAAAAGAUGAUGUGAUAAGAGACAUCCAGGCUCAGCUGCAGGAAUCACAAAAUCAGAUUGCUGGCUUAAUAGAAGAAAAAAGUAAGAGAGAAAUGUUCGAGGAAUCCCAGGCCAAUCAAGAACGUUUGAGGGCAGAGCUGGAGGAGGCCAAAACUUCAUUGCAGAAGGCAGAGGUUACUCAAAAGAGCUUAGAGAACGAAUUCCAGACCACGGUGAAAACAUUAAUUCAGGUCACCGAAGAAAAGGAGGCACAGGAAGAAGAAUGUAAAAAAACCAAGGCCUUGCAUGCAGCCCUGACAGCAGAGUUUGAGGCUUCCAUUGCCAGUUUGAAAAGCUCGCUGCAAAAAGAGCAAAAUAGAUCAGAGAAAUACGAAGACGAGUCGAAGCUGCUCGCCUUGGAGCUCAGAAAUAAAUCUGCUGAACUGGAAGAGAUGACCAAGCUAAAAUGUGACAAAGAAAUGCAACUUGAAGAGCUGUCAGAAACGCUGGGGAAAAUGGAAGGACGUCUGCUGAAGAAGGAGGAUCUGGAGGCUGCUGUGGAAAGUUUGCAGAAGAGAGAAGAAGAAACAAAAAAUCUUCUCCAGAUGAGAGAGAACGAAAUCCACGAUUUGAAAGUCCAGCUGACCGGGACAGCUGAAAAGGAGCGAGAUUAUUUGAACCAGCUUUCCACUCUGAAAACAGACCUUGAACAAGAGAUGUUAAAGAACGAACAGCUGACAGCGUGCAUCAAUCAGCUUUCACUGGAGAAAGAACAAAUAGCACAAGAGAAAAGCAGUGUGGCUGCAGAACUCAGGGACCUGCAAGAAAGUCACAAGGAGAGUAAGAAGAAAGAAGAAAAUGCAAAGCAGUUGGUUGAAAACCUAGAGGAGGCAAAUGGCCAGCUGAGGAACGAAGUGGAGUCUCUGAAGGAGAAAAUGGCCAAGGCAGGGGAAGAGAUCGAGAGUAAACUGGAUGAGAGAGAUGAGAACGUGAAUAAUUUAAAGAAACUGGUGGAAAAUAAAACCAAAUGCAUUGAGGAGUUGCAGCAGGAGAAUAAGGGGCUGAAAAAGAAAAUAACUGCAGAAAGCAAGAAAAGCAGCAUUUAUGAAGGAAAGGUGAAUAAAUUGCAGUUAGAGCUGGAAAACAAGAACAAGCAACAUAAGGAAACAGUUGACAGCUACCAAAAGGAGAUCGAAACAAAAAAAGUAAAUGAAAACAAACUUCACGAAGAGGUAGAAAAGUUGAAGUUGCUUUAUGAUGAGGCAACGAUGAUCCAGAGAGAAACUGAUAUCAGGUGUCAGCACAGGAUAAAGGAAAUGGUGGCACUGAUGGAAAAACACAAGCAUGAAUAUGACAAAAUGGUUGAAGAGAAAGAUGCAGAGUUAAAACUGUGUAAACUGAAGCAGCAGGAGCAGUUGUCAUCAGAAAGAUCACUGGAGAGUGAACUGUCACGUUUGAAGAGUGAACUGUCAGGCCUUAAGGAACAGCUGAGAAUGAGCCCCAAGGACUGA